AUGCUCCCAGGCCAGGAACAUGGAGGUGUGCCGGAGCGGCGCCCUCUGACAGGCAACGCGAGCUUAAGUCUGCUUCUCUUCUUCGCUUUAUUCACCGGAACGGUUGGGGUUCUGUCCACACUCUUCUCCUGUGCCACUGACUACUGGCUGUUGGGUGCCGCUGAACUCUGCGACCCAGGACGUGGACCAAGAGACGCUCAGGAUGUUGUGAGGAUCUUCCAUGAGGGCCUGUUCUGGCGCUGUUCCUUGCCAGCACUGUCUCCUAAAUACUCGCUUUGGGAUGUGUGGAUCUUCAAACCGCCGCAUGUAAAAGUGUGCCAUGCCGCUUUCCUCUUCCCGUUCCCUGCAAAGCUACCAUUUUGGGCGGAGCCAGGAGACUCACCUGCCGAGCCCUACGAGCAUCACAGCGCCAUUGUUUUCAGAACCUUCUGGAGCGUCUUCCUAAUUGUGGGUGUGGUCAGUGUGGUCGCUGGUGGGCUCACAGUUGUCUGCGCCGCCCCUCUCACCAAAGACAAGCUUUACAAAGUGGGUGGGGCCCUUCUGCUCUGUGGCGGUGUCUGCCUGCUUGCCAUGGUGCUCAUGUAUCUCACAUGGGUCCAGGUGCUGGACACCCUAGAGGAGUUUGCCCUUCGGCAGCGUGUCGGCGGCUGCCCGACCUUCCACCUCAGCGUCCAGCACGGUCCGUCCUUCCUCCUGGCGCCGGUGGCGUCUUUCUUCUGCCUGCUGUCUGGCCUGCUCUUCCUUGUGCUCGCACGGAGCACUCGCUCUUUGGUGCUGGACCCCAAAGACAAAAGGCCAGAACCUGCAGAGCUUGAAACAGACUUGUAA